CUUGGGAUUGUCACACUGACGCUGACAGUCAUCGAAGCUUUUCGCGCCGCUGAACCUCCUUCAUCCACUGACGUUCAUCAUAUACCUUCAAUACUUACCACUCCGCUUACUAUCCAGAACGGGGACGAUUACAACAUGGAGGAUACACACAUGGACAUGGACGACGUUCAAAUGACUGCAACACCACAACCGCAGCCACAGGCUACCCAGAACCCACCUUCAGAUGCCAGUAAUGUCCAACCCCCUCUUCCCGCAACCCGCGAAAAUUUCCGCGACAUUCAAGUGAAAGUUCACAUUAGAAGGCCUGAAAGAGAUUCCUGGGUAUACAUGGGGCGAGGUCUCGUCAGCCAGGAAGUUCAUGGACAUUCAUCCCGCGUCGUCGUCCGCACUUUGAACACGAACAAACUAAUAACACAAUUCGGAGAGGGUUCCGAUCUUCAGGCGGAAAAAAGAGGUAAUUUCGUGGUGAUCGGCUGUGUUGAGGACAGUGGGGUUGUGUCUUGGUCAUUCAACGCGUUGAACAACUCCGAAACUCUUCGUCUUCUCGCAAGCAUCGAACUGGCUUGCUACAAAUGUAAAAACGUGUUAGCCGACCCCCGCACCGCGAUGAGAAGUCGCCGGAAAAUUGAACGCGUCAUUAAGGAUGACAGACGAAGGAGACAUAGAAGACGCAAGGAUCAGGAGGCUCUCAUCGACGCCUUCGCGAAGCAGCAAUUGAGUGAACAACCUGCUCCAGCAGGUUCCAGCGUACAACCCCCAUCGCAGGCCUAAUCUUGUUUCCAGCUCUCUUGUAAUCGCCUCUGCAGCCUUUUACUAUGUACUCGCCUAUUAGAUUCCUCUGGAACCCUUGUAUUAUUUGCUCAGUACCAAUCUUA